AUGGGUACACCGCAACCGAAACCCGCCACGAACAAGAAGGACAUAGACAGGGUGAGCGGCACCUUUGAGGACGACAUUUUUUCAGUCCAUAUGGCGCCGCGCCUGCUUGUGAUUCUUCUGAACGGAAAAGUGUUUGAAAAAACAAAACAGAAGGGCAAAAAAGCAGACGCCUCUUCGCCCGAAAAGUACGCCGAGAUCUUCGACCUAAAGGAGGUGGUGAAGCAUGCAGAAAUGUUUGACGAGACUCUGUACAUAGCCACUUCCACGGUGCUCUAUAAAAUUGUGAAGCCAUCCGCUGAGAACCAGACGCAGCUGGAGCUUAAGGAGGUGUGGAAGACGGACUUUGAAAAAAUAUCCGCGCUAGACAUACGGAGCAACGAAGAGGUUAUAGCAUUUGGGGACCAUGAAGGGAAAGUGACGGUCAAGACGGAGAACGGCACGUUCACCUAUGCCGAGCACGAAGACAUAGUUGUCAAUGUGGUCGCGCUGAAGAAGGCAAUAUUUACGGCCAGCGAGGACGGGAUUAUUCUAAAAACCCGAAUAGGAGAGACAGAGCCCAAAGAUGCGUACGACGUGCGCUUCCCCAUUCGGUACUUCGGCCGACUGGAAAACAAGCUCGUUGUUUUUGACGCAUACGGGACUCCAUACACGAUGAACAAGACGGACAACGACCUGCGCAAGCAGAAGCGGGUCCUAAAGAGGAUCACAGACGUGCAGAGAAUAGGGGACACGCUCUACUUCUCGCACAAAAACGACCACUACAGAGCAACAAGCUACAAGGCCGUGGACAAGCUGGUGGUCCCCCACACAAGAACAGAGGGCUUCUUUGCGUACUGCAACAGGCUGUACUGCUACUCUGGGCAGGAGAUAAAAGGAUGGCCCGCCAGGCCUGCAACAGAGCUGGAGGAGUUUUUUGAGGAUCUAUAA